AUUAAGUAGGUUCGCUUUGUAAUAAACACCCAGGAUGUGACGACUAACGAGGGUUGAUUUUAUUAUGUAGGUGUGGCUAUCAACCACUCCUGUAAAUUGGGGCUUUUAGUUUUUACUCCAAUUGUAUUAUUUUGCGAACGCGUACUGUACCGUUGAGUAUUUCAGUAGUUUAUGUGAAAUAUAUAAAUUACACAAUACAUUAGCAAUAGUAGGUAGUUAUACCUACUUACACACUUGUUAAAUGGCCCAACCCAUAAUGGAAGUAAUAGAAAAUUCAGAGGAGCUGGCAUGGCUUGAAACGCCAGUAGUAGGAGAAUUACGUGUUUGGCAAAUUGUGUUCCUGUGCUUAGCCGGGAUCACUUCCUUAAUCGUGAUGGUGUGCUGCUGCUUCCGCUUCCGUAUCCCGCGCACGAAGCAGCAGAUUGAAGCCGACUACAAGCGUCGGAGGAUCACCACCAAGUUCCGCCAAGAGCUCGAGACUAUUCAAGAUUCCAAGAUGGACGCUAUAUCCCUGAAAGACGCGUUGGUGCUUCUACACGAAAAGAGCAAUCUAAUGGAGGGUGAAAAUCAGCGGUCACAGCACAGUUCCAUCAUGUCGCCUCAACAGAGCUCACUGGAUGCAUCGUUCCAGCCCGACGGAGGACAGAAGCCCGAGCCGCAAACGUCCGCGCUAAACUUCGCCAAGUACGCGACCAAAGUGGCCAAUUUAACGAAACUUGGCCAGCCAAAGGCGCCCACUUCACCCACCACUUCAGAUAAUAAGAUGGAUUUUUGAGCACUUUUACUUAGCCCUAUUUGAGUUUAGUUUUAAGAUCUCUAGUUUUGCAUAAGAAAAUGUAGAAAUCUAUACAGACAUACCUAGUUAAGAAGCUACGUAAACGUGUCUGUCCUGGCAGGCGAAUAGAUUUUUAUUUGUUACCUAUUACUUUUGAAGGCCGCGUGGCGCAGUGACCCUGCUUUCUGCAUCCACGGCCGUGGGUUCGAUUCCCACAACUGGAAAAUAUUUGUGUGAUGAGCGUGGGUGUUUUCCAGUGUCUGUGUGUAUUUAUACAUUAUAUAAGUAUUUAUAUGUAGUAUAUAAUUGUAUAUUAAUAUUAUAAUAUCAACUGUCUUAGCACCCAUAACACAAGCUACUCUGUAUGCUUACUUUGGGGCUGAUAGUGAUGUGUAUUGUUAAAGUAUAUUUUUUAUUAUUAUUAUUUAUUAUUACUAACGGACCCGGUCAAGCUUCGCUUUGACUUUAGUGCACUUCUUCCGUCGGGAAGAAGGCUAGGGGUAGCCCUACCCUACCCAACUCCGACCCUACCGCUACCCUACUCUAUCCUUAACCUACUCCUACCCUAAAAGACUCUCCGUAAGAACCGUCCUCGUAUUAAAAAAAAAAAGAAUUAGCGAAAUCGAUUCAGCCGUUCUCGAGAUUUGCGCUUAUGAAGAUUCAAGAUUCAUUUUUGUAUACAAGAUUUAUCAGUCUAUCAGUCCGUUUUAAUAUUAUGUUAGGUGAUAGGUCUGCUUUUACUUACGUACCUAUUUAAUUUAAACACUAAGCGGUGAAUGAAUCAGUAAGUAAUUUUCGAGUAGGUGCCAGCAGAGGAGAUAGCUAAGUGGGAUUAUCAUAUAUAUUGUAUACAUCGAUUAUAUUUUUUUAACACGUUUGCAAAAAUGCAAAACACAAAAUGCAAAAAUUAAGCCUUUAAGGCUUAAUUUUUGCAUUUCCCUAAGAAUACCACAAACGUAACUGCCAAAUAUACCUACGUGUAUGUGCCUAUUUGAAUAUUUAGCGCUCUACUGUAUUUUAAGAAUGCGUCUGAACAUAACAUUGUCUGAAAUCACCUAAAAGCCAAGCACUAACAAUUAAAAAUGCACACAGUACAUUAAUAUGUGCGGUAGGUACGAAAAAGUAUUGUAUUGCAUUAUUUGCAUACGACUACAAAAUACAAAUAUAAUUUAUUAAACAAUAUUAACAGUUGUUGUUGUUUUAUUUAGUUCUGUAAAAAUACUGUAAGCAAGUAUUGCAUUGUACUCUACUUCAAAGCCACUUUGUAGGUACAUCCCUUUACUGAAUUACAAAUAAUUGUAAUAUUUGGAUGCGCUAUCUAUACUAAUUUAAUAAAGAGGUAAAGUUUGUAAGUUUGAAACAUUAUUUAUAUAGGGUAAUCUUCGGAACUACUGGUCCGAUUUCAAAAAUUCUUUCACCAGUAGAAUGCUACAUUAUCGGGGAAUGCUAUAGGCUACAUUUUAUAUUAGUAUCAUAUAUAUUAGCCGAGUAGGGUAGGGGUAGGAUAGGCGUGAGAUAGGGGUACGGGUGGGAUAGGGGUAGAAAAGAGAUAGGGUACGGGGAGGGUAGGGUGUAGGUAAAGUAGGGGUAGGGUAGAGAUAGGGUUGGGGUAGAGGUAGGGUAGGGUAGGGGUAGUAGUAAAGUUAACAUCGAAUUUUACGCGGACGAAGUCGCGGGCGUCCGCUAAUAAUCUUAUAAUGCGUUGUGAGUUCGUUGCAUAUUUUGUUUUGAUGUUCUCCAAUGUUGAAUACAGGCACGGCUCUAUGACACAAAUGUUUUAAGUAAGUAUAUUAAAUUUGAUUAGGUAUUAAACUAUCUAAUACUAUACUAAAUAUAUUUACAUAACUAUGCUGAAUAAAAUUCUACUUUAUGCAAAAAAAAAUCUAAAUUAAAAUAAAACGAGAGCUACAUGUAAUUACUACGAUUUUCAGACCUCUGAACCUAUCUUGAGGUAGGACGUAGAUUACCGCAAACGUCAAAAAAACAUAUUGAGCAAUAAAACACAUUAUGCAGUAAGAUGUUUUCUUUAAUCUAGAAAAUAAAAAAUACAGUAUAAACGGAUUUUAGAUCACAAGAAUAAUUACAUAUUCACAAAUAACUUUAGUAAUCUGCAGGUUUACAUAAUCUCCUGUUACAUUUAACUGACAGUUUUAAAAACAAUGAUCGAAAUCGUAAGCGAUAACUUUAAAGCAACUUACACGUUUUAUAUAAUACACAAAUAAUUACAAUCAUUGCAAAAUUAAAAAUUACAUAAAAUUCAAGUUAACUACAAUUUUAUUUUUAAAUAGAAUAUAUAAAUUGUUUCUACACGCUCAAAUUACUAUACCUUCCUGAUGAACUAUAACCGUCCCUGUCAUGUAAAUUAGUUUUUGUCACAUAUUAUUAUAACUUCUUCACUAGUGACUUAGGUAAUUAUUCAUACCUCAGGGAUACGCAAAAAAUAGUAAUGUACAUAACUAAAAUGUUAGAUAAGUUAAUUAAAGAUAAUUUCAUUAUACGUAAAAAAGGUGUACACGAUUGGUACGCGAUUUGAAAGUGGCACAUUAAAACUUAGCAAAAAUUAGUCUACUUUAUUGUUGUAGGUACUCCCUUGGGAGUAACGAAUAAAUAAUAUAAUUAAAGUAUUACUACUUUUUGCGAAUACCUAUUGGUUUCUUCCCACGAACGUAAUACAUAACAUUUUCAGUCCAUGACUCGAUAUUUGCCACAUUCUCAUUCCCUCAUUUCCUUAACCGCUAAUACCUCUGCGCUAAAGUUGAAUUUACAUUAUCUUUCAAUGCAAUAUUUUUACACUCUAAAGCUAUGUCCACAACAGCAGACCGCACCGCAACGUUAAAUUGAUGAUAAAACAGUUAACAA